UCACAUUGCUAACAUCAUUUCAAUAAGUUUGGGCGUUGUUUUGUCGCUGUUUUUGUGUUAUCAAUAUUAAGAUAUAAAUUUAUUGAAUUCCAUUUAAUUUUUACACAAUAACAAUGCAAACGCUGGCAUCCAUCACUGUACUGCUGCUAAUCGCAGCAUUAAUACACGAAGGUGCUGCCAUUUGGUGUUAUCGCUGCACAUCGGCCACGCCCGGCUGUGCCGAAAAGUUCAAUUGGCGCGGCAUUGGCUUCCUGGGCGAACAAUGCCCCGAGAGCGACGACAUUUGUGUCAAGCUGACGGAACGUCGUGGCACCCAGGAGACCAUAACACGUGAUUGCCUCAGCGCCUUGAAGUUCCGCCGCGACAUACCAGCCGACAAAUACGAGGGAUGCCGACCGGCCUCUCAGGAUCUCAUCCUGGCCAAUUAUGUCAAUCACACGAUCAAGGAGCACGAUGUGAAACGUGAUUAUUUCACAGAUACGACAUACUGCUUCUGCUUCCUCGAUCAUCGCUGCAAUGGUGUCAGCGGUCUAAAGAGUUCUCUCUUGGCUAGCGUUGCAGCUCUGUUGCUGGUCAUCUUUAGCACAUUCCAAUCGAAUUGAAUCUUACUUGGAGCAUCAAGUACCUUUUAUAAGUGCCUUAGCAUUAACGACAGUUGAAUCUUAUACUCGAAUCUCGUCCAAACAAAACAUUCCGUCCACACUUUUGAUAAGCAAUUUACACUCAACUCCCAUCAACGGGUUGGUUUACAAUUUUUUUCAACUACUUAUGUAUUACACUUUAUACAAUUAAAUAGAAAGGAAAAACAAA